AUGAAAUUUGGAAAAAGAUUUCGCGUUAAGAUAUCCAUUAUCAUGCCUGAAUGGGAAAGUGAGUGUAUGUCUUACAAAGACUUGAAAAAGCAAUUGAAUUUAAUGGACCCAGAAAGACGCCAUGAGGGUUUUCAACAAUUACUCAAGAAUGAACUUGAAAGGAUGAAUGAUUUUUUUGUGAGGACUGAAGAAGAAUACAUAAUCAGAUUCCAGGUAUUGAAAGACAUGAUAGCUGAUGAAUAUAGCAGUGAAGAUACAGCACAAAUGGCAAGUGAUCUCCUGCAAUUCCACAAUAAACUGGUUUUGCUACUUCACUACAAUGUCCUAAAUUGUGAUGGAUUCUUGAAGAUCAUCAAGAAACACAGGAAGAAAACUGGGAGAGAGUUUAAUUUGUCAUUUAUGCAGGGAGAUAAUCAACAACUGUUUUUCAUUGCCAAUUCACUCGGUUUACUUUUGGCAGAGUGUAAAGAGAUUCUAGAACAACUGAGAGAGUCAGUGUUCAGUUUUACUCUUAAUCAGCUUGAAACUGGUGGAUUCCCAAUUUCAGUGGCAAAAUCAAAUGUUCUUCUUUCCUUCUACACCCAAUUGAAAGUGAAUCCAUGGCCUCUAGAACCUGAUUUACGACCUGAUAACAUUGACGCUAAAGUCUCUUGUACUACCAAAAACCUCGAGAAAAAACGAGAAUUGUUGAUGUAUUGGUACAUCAGUGUAGGUAGAUUGAUAUCAAUCAUCCAAAAACCGCAACCUAACCCUAACUUCAAGAUCAACUCAACUAAUCAUCAGAAUGCACGCACCUGUUCAUUCACCGUCGAGAUCACGACGAGCUGUUCUUCCGUUCGAUACACUCGAGAUCAAAUCAGUAUCUCCUUCGGCGAUGCUUACGGCAAUCAGGUUUACGCACCGAGGAUAGACGAUCCGUCGACGAGGACAUUCGAGCGGUGCUCCGGCGAUACGUUUGAGAUAUACGGUCCAUGUACGUAUCAGAUAUGUUAUUUGUAUUUAUACAGAAGCGGAUACGAUGGGUGGAAGCCUGAGAGAGUAGACGUAUACGGGUAUAAUACGAGGGCGGUUUCCUUCUACUAUAAUGUUUGGAUCCCAACAAACAUCUGGUACGGGUUCAACUACUGCUCUCCCUACCUUUCUGCAAGCAAAUAGGAUUAAUGAUAAUCUUCUCAUUACAUUCAUAAUUCCAUAUGUAUCAUUUGAGUUUAAAUGCAUUCACAGGUUCUAAUGUAGACAACUAUAACAUAACUCGC